GAAAAAUAUGAAAUAUCAAGAAAGGCCCAAACUAUUCACUUUCAUUAUUUGCCUUAUAACCAUACAAGAAAAUGUCAAUGCUGAUAUUGGUUGUUACAUUUGUGAUGUAUGCAAAGAUCCGUUCAGUUCACAAGCAAAAGGAGUUUCACUAAAUACAGCAUGUCGGUUUUGUAAGACUACAUUUACUUACGGUGAGAAUAUGGUGACAGUAAAUAUUGCAAAAUCAUGUGGUCGAAUGAAUGAAACCUGUGUAAAUAGAUACACAGCUUGGUAUAAUACAACAAUGGAAGAAAAUUGUUGUAUUACUGACUUAUGCAAUGCAUCUAAUGUUAAAUUGUCGAAAUCAUUAUUUCAUCUUUUUAUAGUUGGUUUAAUUAUUUUAGCAUUAACUUAUUUAAUACUAUAA